GUCACCGCACAGUUGAGGUUAUAUACAUCUGCGUUACGGAUGCUUUACUUGGGCAUCUCCGGUAGAGCAACGGUACUUUCAUUUCAAAAUUAGUCUUUCCAAUAUGUUUUUCUCUGCUUUAUUCUUGUUGGUCUCUUUGCUAAGUGCUGCGCUGGCGCAAACACCCUCAGGCUUCAUUCCAUCCGUCUCCAAUCAGCUCACCGUCAUGUUUAAUUCCACCGUCGUCUCUCCCGCUGGCAAGCAAUUGUCAAAAGCUACGACCCAAAGCCAGCCUACCAUUGGCGUAAGUGGCGUAGCCGCCGGGAAAACUUUCAUGUUCGUAAUGUUAGACCUCGACGUCCCCUCCAAGACUGGCCCCAGACAAACACUCCUUCACGCCAUGGAAACCGGCUUCAAAGCUUCCACUAAACGAGCCGCCUCCAGCGCCUCCAUGCUCACGUCCUCUGGCAAGGCACCAGCUCCUUACAUUGGACCCUCGCCACCUGCGGAGAAUCCGGCCUUUGGCCACCGCUAUGUGCAACUGCUCUUCGCGGAACCCGACAACUUCGCUGUUCCGGCUAGCCAAACCGCUGCGGUGAGCAAACGCAUAGGGUUUAAUAUCACCGCAUUCAUGAAAGACGCGGCGCUAGCAGAGCCUCUGGCGGCAAACUUCUUCGUUGUGGAAGGGAAGCAAGAGGCGGGAGCGACUGGUGCGAGUGGGACGGCUGCGGGGAGUGAUAGGUCCACAGCGACCGGAUCGGGAGGAAUAUCGAAGUCGACUUUGGAGCCAUUUGAGGGGGGUGCCGGUAGCAUGAAGUUGGGGAUGAGGGGCGUAUGGGCGGGGUUGCUUGGAGGUGUGGCAGUCGCGUUGGUUUAGGGUCUUCGAUGCAGUGAAGAGCUAUCACAGGUCACGUGUCGCAUUACUAUCAGCGGGCACCUCGUAGGGCAAGUGUU